GAUUGUGACAGUGGAGCCCAGUUUGCACUGCAGGAUCCAGAGAUGGCAUCAGUGAAGCUGGAAGACUGCAGUCAAACACUGGAGCUGAAUGCCAACAUUAAAGAUGAAGAAGAGGAGGAGAAGAUUAGGACAACUGUUAGUCAUGGAUACCAUGUUGAGACAUUCUCCACAUCCAGAGAGCAACAGCAGGAAGAUCAGAGAGCUAAGAGGUCUCAUCACUGCCCACAUUGUGAAGAGAUUUUCCCAUUUCUAUCACAGCUAAAAAUACACCUAAAAAUACACACAGGAGAGAAGCCUUACUCCUGCUCUGGCUGUGGAAAAUGCUUCAAAACAUCAACUGAGCUAAAACGUCAUCAGAGAACACACACAGGAGACAAGCCGUAUAACUGCUCUGAGUGUGGAACUAGUUUCUCUAAAUUUUCCAUCUUAAAAACACAUGAACGUGUACAUACAGGAGAGAAGCCUUACGUCUGCUCUGACUGUGGAAAAUACUUCACAACAUCAACUCAUCUAAAAGUUCAUCAGAGAACACACACAGGGGAGAAGCCAUACUCCUGCUCUGACUGUGGAAAACUUUUUAAAACAUCAAAUGAGCUAAAAGUUCACCAGAGAACACACACAGGAGAGAAGCCUUUCUUCUGCUCUGACUGUGGGGCAAGUUUCGCUCAGCUGGGCACCUUAAAAACACACCAACGUAUACACUCAGGAGCGAAGCCUUAUUCCUGCUCUGACUGUGGAAAAUGUUUUAAAACAUCAAAAGAGCUAAAAGUUCAUCAGAGAACACACACAGGAGAGAAGCCUUAUUCCUGCACUGACUGUGGAAAAUACUUCACAACAUCAACUCAUCUAAAAGUUCACCAGAGAACACACACAGGAGAGAAGCCUUAUUCCUGCUCUGACUGUGUAAAAUGUUUUAAAACAUCAAAAGAGCUAAAAGUUCAUCAGAGAACACACACAGGAGAGAAGCCUUUCUUCUGCCCUGACUGUGUAAAAUGUUUUAAAACAUCAACUCAGCUCAAAGUUCAUCAGAGAACACACACAGGAGAGAAGCCUUACGUCUGCUCUGACUGUGGAACUAGUUUCUCGCAUCUUUCCAACUUAAAAUCACAUGAACGUAUACAUACAGGGGAGAAGCCAUACUCCUGCUCUGACUGGGGAAAAUGCUUCAAAACGUCAACUGUGCUAACAGUUCAUCAGAGAACAGACACAGGAGGGAAGCCUUAUUCCUGCUCUGACUGUGGAAAAAGUUUUAAAACAUCAAAUAAGCUUUAAGUUCACCAGCGAACACACACAGGAGAGAAGCCUUAUUACUGCUCUGUUUGUGUAAAAUGCUUCAAAACAGCAACGAAGCUAAUAGUUCAUCAGAGAAAACACGCAUGAGAGAAGCCUGCUUACGUCUGCUCUGACUUUUGGGUGAGUUUCUCUCACCAUAGCAACUUAACACACCAAUGUAGUCACACAGGAGAGAAGUCUUACUCCUGCUCUGUGGAAAGGUGGGCGUUUAACUCAAACUUCUAGCCAAAGGCUGCUGUGUUUAGAAUCUCAUCAAGGAGGACUGUAGCAUUUUAGCUAAUCAGCAACUUUGCAACUACUUACUUACUACUUUUUAGCUAUUACUUAGCAUGUUAGCUUAGCAUGCAACUUUGCAACUACUUACUACUUUUUAGCUAUUACUUAGCAUGUUAGCAUAUCAUACAUAUUACAAGUUCGUAACAUAUUGUAUGAAUAGCAAUGCGUAAAAUAACGUAAGAAUUGUAAUUCGUAACAUACGAUACUUCCUAGAAGUUGUAUUAUACUGAACAAUUUAAACACAACAAUUUCAAAGAUUUAUAGUUUGUAUCAGGAAAUCAGUCAUUUUAAAUAAGAGGCCAUAAUCUAUGGAUUUCACAUGACUGGGCAGGGGAGAGAGAAUAAAGUAGACGGCACGGGUCAAAGUAAUUGAUUUAUGACCCUGUGUCAUGAUGACGUGUACAUGUCCAAAUAUGGGCCUCCGGCCAAGCCAUCCUGUUCCUGUGGUCACGUGUUAGAGGGUGUGUGUUAUUUUAUAUCUAUAUUGCAUCCUUUGAAGUAGUCAUGGUGAUUGAUGUCUAGGGGCCUGGUUGAACUGGGGGGGUUGAGUGUUUGAACUUUUUAACGUGUAUGUCCCCCACCCCCAGUUUUAUUGCCCUUAUGGUUGUUAUCUGAUGAAGCAGGAAUGUCCUGGGGUAUUGGCUGUGGCAUAUGCAUUUUAAAUAUCCAGAACAAGGCCUGUCACAAAUAUUACCGAAGGUGGCUCCCCUUCUUGUUCGGGUGGCGCUCGGCGGCCGUCGUCGCCGGUCUACUAGUAUUUUACCUAAGGGUACUAUUUUUGUUUUUAUAGUUACUCCUGUGUUGGGUAUAACUAUUUUGUUCCUUUGAUUUUGGACAUUAAAGCGUGUUUUUUCCCACAUCCUUUGCUCUCUGCGCCUGACUCCACACCCAUUCACUCAUUGAGCGUUACAGUCUGAAUAUUUAUGCAAAUAAGGUAUUCAUUUGUAUAAAUUGACAAAUAUGUAAAAAACUUUUUUCACUUUGUCAUUAUGUGUAUAUUGAUGAGGGGUAAAAAAUGCAUUUAAUCAAUUUUUGUAUAAGCCUGUAACGUAACAAUAUGUGGAAAAAGUCAAGGGGUCUUGUAUAAUGCCCUGUAUAUGCUUUAAACUACAAUUUAAGGAUCUGAAGUGGUAAACACAAAGGCAUAAUGUGAAAUGCAUGU